AUGGCCUCUGCUAACAUUGACCCCGCCGGAGCCGCCGCCCUAAGGCCGCCCUCCGGAUCACGGCGCGUUGCGACUUCGCCCGCUCCUGCCUCGCUUUCUGGGUCCUCCCCGUCGGAGAAGAGGACCCGUCCGCCUGGUCCACCCCCGCCUGUGCCUGGUGCCCGCUCUUUGCCCCUUCGCCCUGCACCGGCUCCGCCGUUUGAUGACAAGUGCGAGUACGCUUCGGAUGACGUCCUUCUUUUCUGGAAACCUCCGUCUGUGUUCUCUCAAUGGACUCCUUCGGCUUUUGACGUACUGGGGGUACGUUAUUCAUGUGGUGAGCAAUUCAUGAUGUCUGAAAAAGCGAAGUUGUUUGGAGAUAUGACGUCGUAUGACAAAAUUAUGGCUGCAACAGAUCCUAAGACACACAAGUUUUUGGGUCGAAAUGUGCGUCCUUUCGACUAUGCUGAAUGGGAGCGUCGUCGUGAAGAGAUCGUGCUUACGGGGUCGUACGCCAAAUUUGCUCAAAACCAUGACAUGAAACAUCAUCUACUGGAGACGGGUACCCGCCUCCUUGCAGAAGCCAGCCCCUUCGAUCGUGUUUGGGGUAUCGGCAUGUCUGCAUGCUUUCCAGAUGCUAGCGAUUCAUCCAAGUGGGCGGCUAGCGGUAAAAACUUGUUGGGAAAAGCUUUGAUGGAAGUUCGACGCCUUUUGCGUGAUCAUCCCCUCUCUGGCGAAGAUUUCCCCGCUUCCAAUUCUCCCACGCCCCCCAUUUCGCAGCCUCCUCUCCAUGGACAUCGACGCAUUCAUGAGGUUGCUACUGCUACAGGUUCUUCGCUACGGAAGGACCCGGGCGAAGACCCAGCUUGUCUACGUUUGGACGCUCCGGGGGACCAUGCUCCUGGCGUUCAUCUGGUGGCAUCGACCUCCGCUUGUGCAGACCAGCCUCCUCUUCUCGAACAUGGACCCGAUCUGGUCGGCGGCACGCUCCUGUUGGACUCGGACUCAUACACUACCCGGGUCCUGCUGCAUGGAGGACCUACAGCCACUUCUCAACUCGCGCGAGUGGCGCUUCUGGACUCUGGGUCUCCUGCAUCCUUCGUUUCCGACUCCGUGGUCACCGCCAUGAUAGCUGCCGGAGCCCUGACAGCUGGCAGCGGAGCUCGGGAAUUUCUUUGGGGCCGGAGCCUGCACUCGUUGAGGUUGUGCCGAGCUCGAGCCGGGAGACGUAAUUGGAGUGUCUGCCGCGCCGCUACUACGAGUACCGGUGGAAACCCUGAAGGCGGCACCAUCUUCGAUUCCUACCGGCCCCACAACAUCUACAUCACCACCUCGGGAUGGACAACCUCUCCCUCGAGUGGACGGUAUCUUGGAUUCGUGUUCUUCAUCUUCGACCUAAACUCGGCUUUCCACCAGAUCGUUUGUUUUGAAGACACUGUCCCGCUCACCGCCUUUUGCCUUCCCACGCAGUUGUUCGAAUGGCUUCGGAUGCCGCAGGGAGCCAACGCAAGUCCGUCUUGGUUCGUCAAGGUCAUCAACAGAGUGGUGCACGGUUUGGAGCGUGUGCUUGCUUAUCUGGACGAUGUCAUCUGCUUCGAUGAGGAACCCCUGGGACACGUGCUGAACUUGAUCGAGUUCUUCAAACGACUGCGACAGUACAACCUCAAACUGUCGCCAGGGAAGGCUCGCGUCGGCGCCACGCACGCCAACUUUCUUGGUCACACCAUCUCUCCGGCAGGUGUUGGCCCUGAUGGCGUCAAGGUUAGGGCGCUCACGCACAUGCCGCCGCCGACGAAUGUUAAGCAGCUUCGGAGCCUUCUCGGUGGACUCAGUUACUACCGGAUAUUCAUCAAGAAUCUCGCCACCAAGAGAGAAAAACAUUUGUGGCACGCAGUUCGCUGA